AUGAUGUCUACGAGUGGCGCGGCGACGCCCGUGCCGCCUUUGUCAGUCGGCGACAUGUGCUACACGGCGGAGAGCAAGGCCUCGGUGUCCGUGUCACCCGUGAGCAAGGCCGACGCCUGGGAAGGGGACAUGCUGGUGCUGCUGGCGUUCCAGCAGGAAGACAAGGAGGCUUUCGCGGUGCUCGCGGGGGACGGGGCCGCGGCGGCGGAUAAGGGGCUGGAGGGGGCGGCGGCGGACAUGAUCUCUUCGCAGGAGUUCAAGGGGGAGAAGAAGGGUUCCGUUUCUGCGAUGCUGGGGUCCAAGAGCGGCGUGAAGCGUGUCGCGGUGAUAGGCCUCGGCAAGAAGGAUGACUCCUCACUCACACCGGCGUCACUGGAAGCGAUCGGCACACAGCUGGCAGCGUUGGCGAAGUCGUCCAAGUGCAAGAGCAUGGCGGUCGUCCUGCCUGAAGGGUGCGGGGAAGGCUCCACGCAGACUCUGACACAGGGGGCACUGAUUGGCAUGUAUGCCGACCAGAGGUACAAGACCCGAAAGGAGGACAAGAAGGACCUUCCUCUGCAAUCUAUCGACAUCAUCGGGGGAGAGGAGUCGGCGGGUUUGGACGCAGCAAAGGCGGUGGCAUCAGGGGUCAGCCUCUGCCGGGACCUCGUUAACUCCCCUCCCAACAUGCUCACCCCGGGGGCUCUCGCUGACGCAGCCGCUAAGAUUGCUGAGGACCACGGGUUGGAAUGCGAGAUUCUAGAGGAGGAGGAGAUUGUGGCCCUCGGCAUGGGAGCCUACAUGGGAGUGGCGCAGGGGGCGGUGUUCCCCCCCAAGUUCAUCCACCUCACCUACAAGCCAUCGGGGACUCCAAAGAAGAAAGUCGCACUCAUCGGCAAGGGGCUAACGUUCGACUCGGGAGGGUACAACAUCAAGGCUGGGGCUGGGUCGAUGAUCGAGCUGAUGAAGUUCGACAUGGGAGGGUCUGCAUGCACCCUUGGUGCCGCCAAGGCGAUUGGUCAGCUCAAGCCGGACGGGGUGGAGGCCCACUUCAUCGUUGCCGCUUGUGAGAACAUGGUGUCGGAGAAGGCCAUGCGUCCCGGUGACAUCCUUACCGCUUCCAACGGGAAGACCAUCGAGGUGCUCAACACUGAUGCCGAGGGGCGACUGACACUAGCCGACGCACUAGUCUUCGCCGAAAAGCUGGGGGUGGACGCCAUCAUCGACAGCGCUACGCUCACGGGUGCCUGUCUGAUUGCUCUGGGGACUGACUAUGCGGGUAUGUGGAGCUCCGACGAGACCCUUGCGAAGGAACUCACCGAUGUCGGCGCGGAGACUGGUGAGAAGCUGUGGCGCAUGCCUUUGGCACCUGAGUACGGCGACCAGGUCAAGUCGAAGAUUGCCGACCUUAAGAACGUCGGUGCACGCCCGGGAUCGUCCAUCACAGCCGCACUCUUCCUCAAGGAGUUUGUAGAGAAGACUCCGUGGGCGCACCUCGACAUCGCCGGGCCAGUGUGGAAAGACGAAGCGGGAGGCGCCACUGGAUACGGCGUAAGGUUACUCACACGCUGGGUGCAGAAGAAGGGGGAGUAG